AUGUCGAGCGCAUCAAAAACAGAUCCAACGACGGAUCUGCCCCGACUGCUGAGUAAACUCAAGAAGACCUUCGACGAAACCUCUGAAGAUAUUUCAUUAGCCAAAGAUGUCAAGAAGACGAUCGACCAGUAUUUUAAGAAUCAGUUCCAACCAGACGCAAAGUCAGAACAGGAACUGCGCCCCGAAUUCUCGAAGUUGUAUCAUCACCUCAGCAAAACUACUGAACCCUCUCAUUUCCGUUCUAUCCGUGAGGAGCUUGUUCACGUAAACAAAAUUCUGGGCCAACAUGCCGGUGAGGCCAAUCAGCAUGAUUUCCAAGCUUUAUCUGAAACGGAACUGGAUAUUAUAGACAACUCGGAAGAGGAUCAGCUCGUGAAACGUCUUCGGGCGAGCUACGAAUUUUUCUUUGGACAGGAUGAACUUAAGCGUCACCCAAGAAUUUGCUUGUUUCUGGCAAUUUUCCCUGGAAAUGCUGUCCUGAGAAAAAGAUUUCUUAUUUAUUGGUGGAUUGGGGAAGGGUUGGUCCCCCAUGAGGAAGAUGGCGAAAGAGUAUUCGAAGAGCUUCUAGAUUUAGAAUUACUCAUACCCCAUGGAAAGCGUCCGAGAGUGAGUAAAUGUCAAAUUUCCCCUUGGUUCUGUUGCAUGUUGAUCACACUGGCCAAGAAAGAGAGGCUUUUGGACAUAAAGGAAAAGAUACCACAUUUUGAUCUUGCCCAAUCCCGGCGUGCUUGUUUGAUCGCUGGUCACUCUGAUUUGGGAAUUGAAAGAGAAUCCACACCGCCAGAGACUUUGAGGACGAUUUUUAAUGUGAACGAGAGAGAUCUUGAUUUUCCAGACCAAUGGCUUGCUAAACUGAAGAGACUGGUGGUGCUUCAGCUUGGUCGUUGCCUCCGUGGGGUUUCAAGAAUAACUUCACUUCCUGAGUCCAUCAGAGAACUGGUCAGCCUCGAAAUUCUAGACCUCAAGGCUUGCCAUAAUCUAGAAAACUUGACCGAUGCAGUUGCAUCCUUGAAAAAGCUCACACAUUUGGAUAUAUCAGAAUGUUACUUGAUGGAAAGCUUGCCAAUGGGGCUCCACAGCCUCACUUCUCUCCAAGUGCUCAAGGGAUUCAUAAUAGGCAAUUCUCAGAAGACUCUCAUUAGAUUAGAGCAUCUUCCAAAUCUGAGGACUCUGAAGCGAUUACGCAUACAUAGAGGGAGUGAGGCUACCAUCAAGAAAGUUGAUUUCGACAACUUGAAGGAUUUGCCAAAAGUCAAGUGCAUUCCUGACAAGAAGAUGCCAGGAUGGUUAACGCCCAGCAAACUGAUGAAUCUGGAGACGCUAUACAUUAAGGGAGGAAAGCUCAGUGAUUUAUCAUAUAAUAAGGGCGAGAAGUGGGAUAAUGUGAAAUAUUUGGUCCUCAAGUAUACCAACAUGAGCACAAUAAGUAACGAAGAAACUCGCAAGGCAAUGUUUCCUUCGCUCCAAUACGUGAAGAAGGUUAAUUGGGUCACCAAAAGAGGUGAGCAAGAGAAAGUUGAGUUUGAGUGGCCUUAA